UGUUCGGUUCUGCAAGCAUGGCUCAAGAAGAGGAAGAUGUCAGAGAUUACAAUUUGACGGAGGAGCAGAAAGCGACCAAGGCCAGGUACCCUCCGGUCAAUCGGAAGUACGAAUAUUUGGACCAUACAGCUGAUGCCCAGUUACACGCAUGGGGAGAUACACUGGAGGAAGCAUUUGAGCAGUGUGCAAUGGCCGUGUUUGGUUACAUGACAGAUACUGGAACUGUGGAACCACUCCACACAAUAGAAGUAGAAACUCAAGGAGAUGACUUACAGUCUCUUCUGUUUCACUUUUUGGAUGAGUGGCUUUAUAAGUUCAGUGCCGAUGAAUACUUCAUACCCCGGGAAGUGAAAGUACUUAAUAUUGAUCAAAGAAAUUUCAAAGUACGGUCAAUUGGGUGGGGAGAAGAAUUUUCACUGUCUAAGCACCCUCAGGGAACAGAAGUUAAAGCAAUAACAUACUCAGCAAUGCAAGUGUACAAUAAAGAGAAGCCAGAAGUCUUUGUGAUCAUUGACAUUUAAAAAUAACAAAAAGAAAAAAGGAAAGACUCCUAUGAAGAGCUGAUAGCUUUUCUUCCUUCUGAGAAGAUAUAAUGAUUUGAUUUCUAGAGUAUUUUUUUGCCAAGUGGAAACUUACAGAAAAGAAAAUUUUAACUUCCAGUUUCACUUUCAGAAACAGAGAAUCAGCAUACAGCCUGAUAAUGUAUUCUUCAACUCUUGAGGAACCAUUUGGUACCUUCUUUGUUAAUUCCCUUCUAUGCACCCUUCCGUGGAGCAGGAGCCCUCCAGCCUGGUCUCAGAAGGAAUUACUCAUUGCUACAAGCAGCAGUUGGGACUGAAUCCAAUUUGAAGUGGAGUAAGAAGCUGGGUGUGGUAGUACUAUAUGAUUAUGUCAUCCCAGCACUCAGGAUCCUGCGUUCACAGCUGACCUUGAGAUAUAGCAAGUCCCUGUCUUGAAAAGAAUACCUUGAAAAAAAUACACUUUUUUUGGUCUGAGCAUGGUGGUGCACAUCUUUAAUCCCAGCACUUUGGAGGCAGAGGUAGGAGGAUCACUGUGAGUUCAAGGCUACCCUGAGACUACAUAG